AAAUUAAUAUCAAAGUUUAGUUGGAGAUUGGUUCAUCUUUUCAACUGUUCAAUUUCUGUUUAAAAUACGUGUAAUUUGUGUUUUAAUCUAAUGGCGCUGCAGGACACGCCCACCAAUAAGAUCAACAGUCCGUUGUCGGAACAACCAGAUUUAUUGAUGAAAAAGCUGGCCUUUUAUGAUGUGCUCUUUACACUGAUAAAGCCAACAAAUGUGGCAAGAAGGAAGCAGGUGUAUUUUAAGUUUAUGUUAUCACAAAAGCAGCUCAAAUCGAUAGACACAAAUCGUAUAUUAUGCAACAAUUUGAAGAUGGAGCAAACAUUGCAAGUGCAACUUCGAUUUGGUGUUCAGGACACUUCAUGCGUGCUGGAGGAUUGUUAUCCACCCAAUGUUAGCGUCAAAGUCAACGACAAAUUGUGUCAGCUACCUCGUGUAAUUCCUACAAAGCCGCCAAAACGUUUAAAUCUACCGCUAAACAUAACCUCAAAUAUAAUGGAGAGCAAUACAAUAGAGGUUCUAUGGCAUCCGAAAACGGAAGAUUCUACGGAAAACUACAGUCUUGCUGUAUAUGUAGUAAAGAAACUCACAUGCCAAGAAAUGCUCAACAGGAUGAUGAAAAACUCAGCUAUUUUUACGCGUGCUCAGAUCCAGAAGAACAUGAAAAUGGAGGCUGAAGACGCUGAUUGUGUUAUAGCAACAAACAUGUUGGAGGUGUCGCUCAAGUGUCCCAUAGGACAGAGGAUAAUGUCAAUGCCGUGUCGUGCUACAACCUGCUCUCAUCUGCAGUGCUUUGAUGCCAUGGUCUAUCUACAAAUGAACGACCACAGACCCAGCUGGAAGUGUCCAGUCUGCAAUAAGCCGGCCAUCUUUGGUAAUUUAUUUAUCGAUGGCUAUUUUCAAAAUGUAUUAAAAUCAACGCUGCGUAAACCAAAUGUAACUAAGAUUCAACUGCAUCCAGAUGGUUCCUGGAGCAGUAAAACAACUGUUGAUUUAACCAUCAAAGAUUCUGAUGAUGAUGAUGAUGAUGAUGAUGAGAAUAUACCGCCGGCUAAGCGAUCGCAAAGUCUUGCAGCCAAUCAAUCAGCUGCCCCAGAGUCCUAAACCAACGAAUCCGAUUCAUAUUAUAGCUAAAGAAGUCCUGUAUUCAAUUUUUGACUAAUCGUUCGUAAUUAUAGUUAAAUAUUUUUCAAUUUUAUUGAGGACAACAAUCUGUAAGAAUUGAUGACACAUUGCAAAAAAACAAAGUUUUUCAUACCAAAGGUUGAUUUUCGACCGGUUGUUUCUAUUGCAGCUAUAUGCUAUACUCGUCCGAUUUUAAUCAAAUUUUGUCAGAAUGUAUAAUAGAAUGAGAAAUGCAUAAUCUGUAAAGUUUUCUGAAAUAUCUCAAAAAAUAAAGAGUUUGUCAUGAUAUAGGUUGAGUUUCUACAGAUCGUUGCUAUGUAGGCUACGUGAUAUAGUAGACGGAUUUGAACCAAAUUUAGUUGGGAUAUUUCAGAGAAUAUGAAGUUCAAAAUUUCAGAGAUUUGUUAAUUUAUCUUUAAAAAUAAAAGAGUUUUUCAUACUGAA